AUGUCCGCCUCUCUAUUUUAUAGUGCGAAAUCUGACAUAGAACUUUCCGAUAUCAUCAUCUCCUUUCUGUGCGCCCUUCAUGUUGGGAACAGAGUGGAGGAAGAGGAAGCAAACAAGAUAAAGGAGCAGCUGCAGGAGCUCAUUUCCUCCCAGAAAAAUGGAGAGUUCGCGAUUUCUUGCUGCAAGGAACUGCUGGCAAAUUGCAAUAAUGUGCAAGAUAAAGACAUUGAGAGCAUUUUCUAUAUUCUUAUGGAAGUAUUGAAGAAGCAAGGCAUGACCGAGGAAGUUAAGAACACCUGCCUGGAGAUCUGCGAUCUGCUGUUCUCCUCGUCCUUGCUGAUCACUCUCAAGGCCAGAUUGUGUUCAUUUUGCGCUGUCUAUUAUCCUCAAUUCGAUGCCUUCCUUCAAAUCUUGCCGAAAUCGCUCGAAGAGUUCUACAAGUUCCUCAUGAGCCAAAACAACGACUUCUGGAGCGACGUGAUCGAGGACUAUCGCGGCGUGCUUCUCUCCCUGCACCAAACUCUCACCUCCAUGAAGCGCGAGUCCCUUCUCUCCCUCUCCUUCACCUCUAGAAAGGAAGCCUAUCUCUGCCUGCUGAAGCUGCUGAGCACCUACACAGCCACCGAUGCGGAGUACCAGAAAUACGCCGUGGAGUGCGCCGUCACCCAGCUCAAGCACAUGAUCCUCGACGAGGACACGCGCGCGCGCGAGCAGUCCGUCUUCGCGGGCCUGCAGCAGUCGCACCCGAACCUCUUCCAGCUGCUGCACAUCGUGAACAAGGGCGACAUCGCGGGGCUGGAGGCGUUCGUGAAGGAGCACGCGGAAGUGCUGAGCGAGUUCGAACUCAGCGAAACUACCAUGCUGAGACAGUGCAGAAUGCUCGCCUUCACGAAGCUGUGCAACGGAAAGCAGCUGAUGACGUACAAGGAGAUCGCGGAGCAUCUGCACGUGUCGGAGAACGAGGCCGAGCGAUGUGUGGUCGAUGUGGUCAAGAACGGGCUGGUUGAGGGAAAAAUGGAUCAAAUGAAGGGAGAGUUCGUGGUGUCGCGAAUUCUGUGCUCGGUGGUCGACGGGGAGUGGGAAAACAUGCUGGAAAAGGUAAUUCAGUGGAAGGAGAACGUGCAGUAUAUUUUGGAUAGCUGCAAUACCUAUACGAUAUCGGAGAAUUGA